UUGAUUUAUAUAUAAACCCUCAGCUCCGGACUCUGUCCAGUUGUCUUCAAUAACAGAGCAUUUCCCCACUAAACUUUCUACUCUGUAAUAAAGUCGCCAUGGCGGGAAGUUACUUUAUGGAAGGCGUUCUGCCAUUUCCGGCGAUGGUAACCAUGGAGUGCAUCAACGUCGGUCUCAACACUCUUUUCAAAGCCGCCACCGCCUCCGGCAUGAGCCACCACGUCUUCAUCGUUUAUUCUUACUCCCUCGCAGCCUUCUUCCUCCUCCCUUCUCCCUUCAUCUCUCGCAGAUCCACGCGGCUUCCACCGCUCAAUUUCUCUAUACUCUCCAAGAUCGCUCUUCUCGGACUCAUCGGUUCUUGUUCGCAGAUAAUGGGAUACACGGGAAUCAAUUACAGUUCUCCGACUCUUGCUUCCGCCAUCAGCAACCUUGUUCCUGCUUUCACUUUCAUUCUCGCCAUCAUUUUCAGGAUGGAGAAAGUGGUGAUGAAGAGCAGUAGCAGUCAAGCAAAAGUAAUGGGCACCAUAAUAUCCAUAUCAGGUGCAUUUGUAGUUACUCUUUACAAGGGUCCAAGGGUCAUAUUCUCUUCACCACCCACAUCUCUUUCCCUCCAUCAUCCACUUACCUCUUCAGAUUCUAAUUGGGUCAUUGGCAGCCUUCUCUUGACUGCUGAAUAUAUCUUGGUUCCACUUUGGUACAUUGUUCAGACAAAAAUAAUGAAGGAAUACCCAGAAGAGGCAACAGUGAUCUUCUUCUACAACAUAACUGUGGCCUUCAUAGCUGCAGUUGUAGGUGUGAUCUUAGAGACAGAUCCAAGUGCUUGGAUUUUGAGGCAAAAUACAGCGUUGGCCUCUGUUUUAUGCUCCGGACUUUUUGGAUCAUGCUUGAAUAAUACAGUUCAUACAUGGGCACUCCGGUUGAAAGGGCCAGUGUUUGUAGCGAUGUUUAAGCCACUGUCGAUUGUCGUUGCCAUUGUAAUGGGUGUUCUGUUUCUUGGUGAUUCUCUAUAUCUUGGAAGUCUUAUUGGAGCAUCCAUAAUUUCCAUAGGGUUUUAUACUGUAAUGUGGGGAAAAACAAGAGAAGAAGUGGGCGAUGAAGAAGAAAAAGAAAGGCAUAGCCAUAAUGUUAGUGAUGACAAGGAACCACAUGAAGAUCAGAAAGUACCUCUUCUUGGAAACUACAACUCACAGAGAUACAGUUCAGAUCAUGUAUGAAAAGGCCAUGAAAAUGACUGGUACAGCUUUUAUUUACCUUCAAGCGUUGGCUAUGGCCGAACAUGGAAGGAAAAAUGUAAAAUUUGUUAGUGGUCAAAGCAUGUCAUAGGGUUGUAAAUAUCUUUAACAUCGACCAUGUAAAAUCAAAUGUGAUAAUCAAGGUAAUUUUAAAUCA